AUGCACCCAUUUCGCACCCCCCUUUGCUUUCCCUCCUACUCCCCUCCCCCUGUAUCCCCUCUUUUCCCACCCUUAAUUCCCCUGCGUCCCCUCCUUUCCCCCCCUGCAUCCCCUCCUUUCCCCCUCUGCUUCCCUUCCUUUCCCCCCCUGCAUCCCCUCCUUAUGCUCCCUUCCCUUGCUUACCCUCCCUCCCUCCCCCUACCCACAGUUCCCACUUUCCACCUCCAGUUUGGGGCGCUGUGGACGGACGGCAACGGGCAGAUUUGCUAUGCAGAAAUGAAUGUGGUGCUGCUGGAGUUGACCUCCAAUGACUGGUCCGCCUGGCAGCCCCAAAAGCUUGUGGUGUCCUGGAAAGGCGACCUGAUUUGGAGGGAUCGCCUCUGA